AUGGAGCUGUUGUUUGAUUGUCACAAUUACUCGGAACACAAGAAGGUGAAGUUGGCAGCGAUUGAAUUCUCCAAUUAUGUCAUCAUUUGGUGGGAUCAAUUGGUGCUAAAUAGGAGGAGAAAUAGGGAGAAUCCAGAGGCAACUUGGGACGAGAUGAAAACCCUAAUGAGAAAGCGGUUCGUGCCAAGUUACUACUUCCGAGAGUUGUAUCAAAAGCUACAAAAUUUGAAGCAAGGAAAUCGGAGUGUUGAAGAGUACUUUAAGGAGAUGGAAAUUUCAAUGAUCCGAGUAAAUAUUGAGGAGGAUCGGGAGGCUAGUAUGGCAAGGUUCUUGGCAGGGCUGAAUAGAGAGAUUGCUAACGUAGUGGAGUUGCAACACUAUGUUGAGAUGGAGAACAUGGUACACAUGGCCAUCAAGAUUGAGAAUCAGCUCAAGUGGAGGGGUAACAAUCCACGAUCAGCCCCUAGUUCGAAUUCAUCUUGGAGGCAUAAUGUUGUUAGCACAGAUGGGAGACCGGCUAUGACUAAACCCAAAUUCGAGCCAAAGCAAAACACUACCAACCAUGCAGUCCAAGGUAAAAUCGUUUCUAAUACAACUCGGAAUCGUGAUAUAGAGUGUUUUAAAUGCCAUGGCAGGGGUCACAAAGCAAUCCAAUGUUCAAACAAGAGAGUUAUGUUGUUGCGUGAUGAUGGUGGGUUUGAGACCGAAGAAGAGGAGGAUUCCACACCACCACAAGAGGAUGAUGGAGAACAAGAAUAUGCAGCACAUGGUGAACUAUUGGUUGUAAGGAGAGCUCCAAACGUGCAAGCAAAGGGAGAUGAAGAAGCACAACGAGAAAACAUCUUCUACACUAGAUGUCAUGUUCGAGACAAUGUGUGUAGUAUGAUCAUUGAUGGAGGGAGUUGCACCAAUCUUGCUAGCACUACGAUGGUGGAGAAGUUAGGGCUGCCUACAACCAAACAUCCACAACCAUAUAAGCUGCAAUGGCUUAAUGAUAGUGGAGAAUUGAGGGUAAACAAGCAAGUGUUAGUAUCAUUUCGCAUUGGAAAGUAUGAAGAUGAGGUACUAUGUGAUGUUGUUCCGUUGCAAGCUGGACACUUGUUACUUGGUCGACUGUGGCAAUCUGAUCGACGGGCCAAGCAUGAUGGUUUCACCAACAAGUACUCAUUUGCGUUCAACUAUAGAACAAUCACUCUAGUUCCUUUAACGCCACAGCAGGUCCAUGAGGAUCAAGACUUUGAUGAUGUAUUCCCAGAGGAGCUACCACCGGGCUUGCCACUAAUUCGAGUCAUUGAACAUCAAAUUGAUUUUGUGCCAGGAGCUUCUAUUCCAAACCGACCAGCCUACCGAAGCAAUCCCGAAGAGACUAAAGAGAUACAAAGGCAGGUCAACGAGUUGAUGGAAAGAGGGCACGUGAGGGAGAGCAUGAGUCCGUGUGCUGUUCCGGUGCAUUUGGUGCCUAAGGCAGAUGGAAAGUGGAGAAUGUGUGUUGAUUGUCGAGCAAUCAACAAUAUAACGGUAAGUGGGUAUCAUCAAAUAAGAAUGAGAGAGGCUGAUUUACUUGCUCUACCAAAUUUUGCGAAAACAUUCGAGAUCGAGUUCAAUGCUUCCGGAGUAGGCAUAGGCGCUGUUUUGAUGCAAGAGGGACAACCGAUUGCAUAUUUUAGUGAGAAGUUGAGUGGGGAAGCCUUAAACUACCCGACUUACGAUAAGGAGCUAUAUGCCUUGGUUCGAGCUUUAGAGACAUGGCAGCAUUAUCUUUGGCCUAAGAAGUUUGUGAUUCACACGGAUCAUGAAUCGUUGAAGUACUUGAAGGGACAACACAAGCUGAACAAGAGGAAUGCCCGAUAG